UCGUCAAAAACACAUUUUUCCUCAAAAACCGCAAAAAUAUUUUCCGCGAAAACCGUAAAAAUGCUAUUUUUCCGCCGAAACGUAAAAAUUUUUUUUUUUAAUCAUUUUAUUAACAAGUCCACCUGGAUGGAGAUGCAAGUUAAAAAAUGAAAAGCAAACGAACAUAGUUGCAUUCAGAUUAUCUAUUUGGAUGCAUGGACGAAAUGAAAAAACGAACAACAUCCAGAUGGAGUAUCUGGAUAAGACAUCUAGAUGAAUCAUCUGGAUGCAUCUUCGAGAUGUACAGACGAACGGGCCUAUAUAGUAUGGCUUAUUUUACUUUUUACUAGUAUUAUUCGUGUCCCAUUUCUCUUUCAGUCUUUAUGCUAUAAGUCUGGCCGUAUAUUGACUAAUUUCGAAAUAGUUCCACAAGAUUAGCAUCAUCUGUAGUCCAUACCUAUCUGUGACCAUUUUUCUCUUUACCGUCGCAUAAUUUCAAGCUUAAUGCAAAAAGAAAGUUCCAAAAACGCAUGAAAGAAUUUUUUUUUUUUUUUCCAAUAAAUAUUUUUUGAUGAUAAAUAUUUUUAACUACGAAAAUAAAAUUAGAGGGGAGCACAUGAGCCAUAGGAGUUUGAACCUAAAGAGCAGUGAAAAUCCCACUGCUCUGCCACUCAACUGACAUCACAUUGUACCCAUUUUAUGCCUUUUUCUUUCGAUUGUCUUGUACUAGAAAAAGAUUUAUUACAUGAAAAUAACAACUACAAAAUUGAAAUAAUUUUUUCAAUAAUGAAAAUUGUGAAAUAACUGCUUUAAUUAAUCUCUUAUUUAUUCUUUUUUCAUACCUAACUGACAUCACAUUGUACACAUUUUAUGCCUUUUUUAUUCUAUUUUCUUGUACUAGAAAAAGAUAUUUAGUAAAUGAAAAUAACAACUACAAAAUUGAAAUAGUUUUUUUCAAUAACGAAAAUUGUGAAAUUAAAAUUUUAAUUAAUAUCUUAUUUUUUCUGUUUUUUCAUACAUAAAUUUCAUGUUCGGAACUACGCUAGGCGCUAGUCGGGCGGUAAUCUCGGGCCUAACGAAUUACCGAAAAUUUGAGGAGUACUCGGGGAUUACGCGGAGCCUAAUUUUAAAUACAAUUUAGUAUAUUUAUAAUAUAUUUAGCUAAUUUUAAACAUGAUGACACAUGUUCUUAGACAUAAUUAUAUAAUUUUUUAUAUAUAAUUUUAAACAGUCUCUUUUUGAUUCGUCGAACAUUUAGAUUAUGGUGUGUUUGGUACGAAAAAUUUCCUAAAUGAAGUAAUUAUCUGUUCUAAUUGUAAUUAUUUAGUAAUGAAUAAUUACACAAAAUAUGUCAAUAGUAAGUAAAAAAUAAUCAACCGUGUUUCAACUUUACACGGACGAAAAAAGAAAUAAAAACUUAAGCUGUCUAGGCGGGAAUUAGGCGGUCUUACGGGUCAACGCCUAGCUACACCGAUUUGGGCAUAUUCGACACGGUCGAUCUCCGAACAACGACUAGGCAGCCGCGUUUUUAAACAUGGCAUAAAUCACAUAUGAUGCGCCUCGGAUCAUAGACCCGGGCCAGGAUGAUGCGUCCAUGGCUGAGCCAGAUGAUUCUUCAACAAAAGACAAACCAGGAUGGAUUAAUGGUGAGGAUACUGAUCUAAAACCAGCUGAUGAGACUGAGGACGAGCUGGAAUCAGCUGAAGAGAGUAUGCUUGAGCUGAAACCAGCUGAAGUGAUAGUAGAUGAGCUAGAUGAGCUGAGUGAGCUAAGUGAUACUAGCUUGGAGCUGAAUGAGCUAAGUGACACUGAAGAUGGAGCUGGUUUAGUUUCUGGGCGAAAUGAGCAUUUUUCAGCCCAAAAAAAAAUUCAUAACAAAUUCAAUUUGGGUCGGUUUUACACCAAAUUCGACCAGACCUUUCCUCAGUCCAUUUCAAGCCCAUUCUCAUCAAGAAUGCCAAGAGGGAGUCAGCAAGGAAGUCUUGGUCGUGCAUGGGAAAAAGAAUUCAACAAAAAUCAUUAAUUUCGGUCUUUAGUCAAAGUCUUCAUUUCUAGUUUCCAUGUCUUGUUUUUAGCACAUUCUUCUUUGGAUUUCUACAACUUGUAAUCCUAUAUAUAGGGCCUAAGAGCCACGAAAUAACACAAGCUUUUUCCCCUUUUAUUUGAGUUUAUCUAUUUGUUUUUUGUAGAACACUUCUUUGUUUCUUGGUGAGGUUAUCUCCGAGUAAACAGCCUCUAAUUCGUUGGACCUGUGCGUCAUAUCAGGCAACGUUUAGAAAUCCUUCUUUUGGUGGACUUGUGAGUCAUAUCAAGCACCAACUGAAGUCUGGUAGUAUCAUUGGGCCAUCCGCAACCCAUUGUGUCACCGUUCAAUCCAUCAGUUCUCCCUUUUGGCGAGUUCAUAUCCCUUUAGUCCGGUCGAGUGAUCCUUCCCUAUUUUAGGGCGUAUCAAGUGGUAUCAGAGCCACUCAACCGGUACUAUCUAUCCAUCUUUCUCAUCUUUCAUUUCUAAACACUUCUUCUUCAUCUUUCUAUCUCAAAUCCGGGCCACUACCUUACCUAUCGCCAUUCUUCUAUAAAAAAAAAAAAAGAGAAAAGAAAAGAAAAAAAAAAAAAGAUCUAUCAAAAAAAAAAGAGAAAAGAAAAAAAAAAGUUUGAUUUAUUUGGCUAGGUGGUGGAAGAGAAAUCCUGCUGGCUGAGGAGAAAUCCAGCCUUGGAGUGGUUAAUACGGAUUUCAAAACAAUUCUCUUUAUCUUUCUAUCUUGUGUUCAUCUCUUGCUUGCUUGGAGAAAUCCAUUGGGUUAUUUGAUUUGUUCUCUUAGAACUUUGAGAGGAGACUCUUGAGUGACCAUAAAAUCUGAGAGAAACACUUGUGUGGGUGAGAUCAAACACUUGAGAGUGUGAGGAUUAUUUUUAUCUGUUAACCUUUUGUGUUGAGAACUUUCAGGUUAAGAUGUUUGAAGCUGAUCAAAGAAGGCUUUUCAGUCAGUUUGAAGUCUGGGAGUUUUGUGACAACCUUGUGGAGGGUGUGGUAAAAGCCCUCAAGGACGUCAGCAAGAUCCAAAAGAAGAGCACAACCACACGUGCAUCUGUAGCUAAGCCUUCCUUAUUCAUCAAUGAAAAACCCAAAGGUAAAUCUGAAAACAACCUUGAAGAUCAAAAAGAUUUUUCAGAUUCUUUACCAAUUUUUGAUGAGUAUGAUGAAGAGAUGAUUGAAAGUUUGAUCAUUUGUGAGGAUGAAUGUGAUCUUCCAUCUCCAAAAUCUGAUUUUAUGUUUGAUGAUGAAGAGACUAAUGGACUAACCUGUUUUGAACCGGAGCAUCCGAGUAGUCUUGUUCUAUUUUCACAGGAUUUUAAGGAAGAACCAUUCGACUACUCACAUCAAGGACUGCUUCUUGGCACCAGGAGACCCAUGAACGAUGAUCUAGGUCCCAUAUUUGAUGAGGAAGGCGAACCUGGUCCAACCUUUGAAGCGGAAGCACCAAGCAUAACAUCCAUCAUCAUGGAGAACCAACUUUGCUUUGAUCCCGACACAACUCCUACGCCUUUGACCACAUACAUUCAAGAGCACUGUGAGAAACUUGAUUUGAUUAAUUUUCUGUCUGAUCUGUUAGAUAAAGUCAGUUCCAAUGACAUAAAACUUUCUGGUCUUGAUCAUCUUGAAAAGUCAUCUGAGCUUGAUUUGCAACAACUAGUUUUCUGCUCUAGAAAAUCGUUUGAUUCAUUUGUCUUCAAAGAAAAUAGCUUUAGUCUGAGAUCUUAUGGACAUGAACUGAUCACUGGAAUUUUGUUUGCAUCCUCAUAUGCUUUGAAAGAUUUUAUGGUUAGCACAUUGCUGGAACAGAAUUCACAUAAAGCUGAAACAUAUUUUUGUGGUGAUUCUGUUUUGAAACCUGUCCAUUCUUAUUCUGAAUCUGAUCUUGAACUAAAACUUUUGUGUUCUGAAUAUGAUCAAGUUAGGCACGUUUUAGAAAUGUUCUAUGGUAGUUCAUGCCUCGAAAACAUUAUGAUUUACAACACCUUCUUUGAUAAACAUGCUGAGCCUUGGAUAAGAAAUUCUCAAUUUGAACUUAAUCUUUUGUGUUCUAAAUCUGAGAAACUUGCGCAUGAUUUGAAUUUGUUCUUUAGGAACUGUGCUAUCACGUGCCCUGACACCAUUCUGGUGUACAAGACUUACUUUGAUAGGCUUCAUGAUGAUCUGAAACGUGUGCUACAUGUUCUAGGGAAAGAAACUGUGGUUUAUGAUCUGAACAAGUACUUGUCUUGUACAUAUGAUCCUGGUAUUUUAAUGUUUGUUUUGAGUGUCCAGGAUAAACAGGAUCAGUCUCCAAGAGGUGUCAGGAACAGAAGCAGAGAUCGUGCUUAUCAGUUUAAGACUUGGAGAUGCAUGUACUCGAGGAAACCAACUUCAAAACUCCAAGGAAGUUUCUUUCCAAAAUUUUCCUUCACUAAAUUUUACAUGAUUUUUGAAUUCUUUUUGUCUGAUUCAUUUCCUUUUGAUACAGGUAAAAUGGAUUUGAGGUCAAAUCCUUUUCAAGAGGGAGGGAAUGAUGCGCCUCGGAUCAUAGACCCGGGCCAGGAUGAUGCGACCAUGGCUGAGCCAGAUGAUUCUUCAACAAAAGACAAACCAGGAUGGAUUAAUGGUGAGGAUACUGAUCUAAAACCAGCUGAUGAGACUGAGGACGAGCUGGAACCAGCUGAAGAGAGUAUGCUUGAGCUGAAACCAGCUGAAGUGAUAGUAGAUGAGCUAGAUGAGCUGAGUGAGCUAAGUGAUACUAGCUUGGAGCUGAAUGAGCUAAGUGACACUGAAGAUGGAGCUGGUUUAGUUUCUGGGCGAAAUGAGCAUUUUUCAGCCCAAAGAAAAAUUCAUAACAAAUUUAAUUUGGGUCGGUUUUACACCAAAUUCGACCAGACCUUUCCUCAGUCCAUUUCAAGCCCAUUCUCAUCAAGAAUGCCAAGAGGGAGUCAGCAAGGAAGUCUUGGUCGUGCAUGGGAAAAAUAAUUCAACAAAAAUCAUUAAUUUCGGUCUUUAGUCAAAGUCUUCAUUUCUAGUUUCCAUGUCUUGUUUUUAGCACAUUCUUCUUUGGAUUUCUACAACUUGUAAUCCUAUAUAUAGGGCCUAAGAGCCACGAAAUAACACAAGCUUUUUCCCCUUUUAUUUGAGUUUAUCUAUUUGUUCUUUGUAGAACACUUCUUUGUUUCUUGGUGAGGUUAUCUCCGAGUAAACAGCCUCUAAUUCGUUGGACCUGUGCGUCAUAUCAGGCAACGUUUAGAAAUCCUUCUUUUGGUGGACUUGUGAGUCAUAUCAAGCACCAACUGAAGUCUGGUAGUAUCAUUGGGCCAUCCGCAACCCAUUGUGUCACCGUUCAAUCCAUCAGUUCUCCCUUUUGACGAGUUCAUAUCCCUUUAGUCCGGUCGAGUGAUCCUUCCCUAUUUUAGGGCGUAUCAACAUAGGACUUGCUGAUUCUUAUUAUUCUCUGUUUCUAUUCAAGUAUUAGAUGUUAACAUAUGACAUCUUAGUUAACAUAUGACAUGUUAGCUCUCCCGCAUCUUCCCUCUCUAUGAGAAGUGAAUCAUUUCCCGUGUUCAAGCUGGUAUUGAACUCUUCCAAAUCCUUUUUACUUGGGUAUUUCAACGUUGUAUCAAACUAUUUGAAGCUCUUUCGAGCUGUGGUUUCUAGGAUUUAAGUAAAGAUUAUAUGCGGGUCUCUUUACUUCGAACAAGUUUCUCUUUUUAACACUUAUAUCCCAUGUUUUAUUGUUUUACUGUUAUUGUUGUUGAUCUUACCGUCGAGCUUACUCCCAGUCGUAAUCGUUGAAACUUCUUACAUUUGAAUUAAUGAAUUUGUGUUAAAAAAAUAUAUAUGACAUGUUAGUUUUAAAAAAAAACCCUAUGACAUGUUGACGUCAUAAUAAUUACGAAAUGUUAUUAAAACGAUGAAUAAUGUACGGCCACGCAAGUAGCCUACUCGAGGCUCGAGCAGGUCCAUUUUGAUCUUUUCGAUAACUUUAAUUCCACGUUCUGAUUUGUGUGUGUAUGUGAAUACACAUACAUACAUAUCUUUUGUCAAAGAAAAAGAGAUAUACAUAUCGUACGGUCUCUGUUUUACAGCUUACUUAUUUGGUCCCCUUGCUUAUUUUAUAAACAUGCAUGUUUAUUUAUUCGUGCCCUUUCGAGUACCUGUUGGGAUAAGUUAGCUAGGGGUACACGUAAAUAUAAAUAUUCCCUUCUUUCAAACAAAUGUUUACGAAAAUUUCUCUUCUCUCUCUCUCUACAUUUUCCCCUAAGUUAUUUUCUUAGUAAGUACUAUAAUUAGAAACUUAUGGUUCCUAUCAACUUACCAAAACCAGGUCUACUUUGUGCAAGUGGGUCUUCUUCCUCAAACCACGUAUUAUUAUUGUAUUUUUCAAAGAUAAUCUAUUUACCUAGAUUAACCACAAUCUUUAACUCGUAGCACCUUAUAUUAUACAUAUAUAUUAAAUAUAUCAUGAUGAUUUAUAAAUAAGAAUAUUAUUGUUUUGCCAAAGGGUUUACAAAUUUCAAGAUGGAAAGGGACUGCACUUAAUUUUUUUAUCAAGGAAAGGAGAUUCAACAGUUCAAGAGAUGAAAAAUGGCUAUACGAUAUAAUACAUUGGUAAUCUAUGUUUAAUGGUGUAUCUAUGUGUAUACGUGUGUAUUAUAUCUAUCUAUGUGUAUAUGUUUGCAUGUGUGUGUAUGUAAUUGUGUUAUGCGCUUUUUUUUGUAACACCUUUUAGAAAAUAUAUCAGAGCCCAUAAUUGUGUGAUGUGCAUGUAUAUUAUUAUGACGGUUGUAUGAGACCCAUGAUGAACAUAAUUAUGUGUAUACUUUUAUGACGGUUGUAUCUCAUACUGGUGGUGCUGAGCAUUGUUAGAGAAAAUAUCCCACAUUGAAAAUAUUUAAGGGACUUGAAUAAUAUAUAAGAGACUUAGACCAAUACACUAAUCACCAAUUGGUUUUAAGUUACAAGCCCAAGAAACUUGUCAUGGUAUCAGAGUAGGCCCAACACCCUGACCCAUUAAUCCGGUCCGAACAGUGGCCCGAUCAUCCCAUUAACUGAUGGCCCAUAGAAGGCUCAGUUCCGCUGAGAUUGCUAGAAAAUAAAGCAUUGUCUCGGAAAGGGUAUGAUGUUGGAUUCUGCGAGAUUAAUGGUUAUACGCACCAUUAUCUCGAGGGAUGAUAUUGGAGAGAAGAUCUCACAUUGGAAAUAUGUUAGUGACUUGAGUAAUAUAUAAGAGAUUUGGACCAAUACACUAAUCGCCAAUUGGUUUUAAGUUGAAAGCUCAAGCAAACUUGUCAGUAUGUAUUCUCUCUCGGCCAACCAACCCUCAAGCGCGUCAUCUACAUUCUCUCCGGCCCGGAGGCGCGCCCGAGCGCUUGCCGGUGCCGGAGGAGCUCCUUCUCCCUCUACUCAUCUUUCUUUUGCUGCUCCUUCGCCUCUCUCUUCCCCUUCCACAUGCUCGCAACCCUGGAUAUGUGCGUAACUCCGGCGAGUGCUCCUGUGCGCAAGGAGCGUCUCUCUCCGGCGUCUGCAAGCUUUGUCUGGUGCUGUGGUGAGGAGGUAUCAAGGUUUGGUGGAGGAGUGGUCGGCUUUUAGGGUUUAUGGCGGGAUCGUUUUUCUAGAUUUGGUUUUAGAUCUCGCCGGAUUUCUUCGUCUUGAAGGGGUCUUGACGGUUUGCUUCAUCUAUUAGACGGCGGCGGUGUCGUUGUUGAACGGUGGUGUAUCUCGGUAGCAGUGGAGGGUCUCUUGGUCCUCUCCGGUGUCGGCGAGGUUCAACCCUUCCUCUUGUUACCAAGUGAAUUUCGGUGACUCUGUUCACUGAAUGCGCGCCUAGAGUUAAGAAAUGCAGGAGGAGAUGGUGUCUUGGCUCUGUUUCCGGCGUGUGCGGUUGUUGUUUGUGGCUGUGACAGGCAGUCGUCUAUGGCUCCUAGAUGGUCACAUGCGGCUCUGCUUCUCUUCUGAUCUUCCCUUCUCGGCAUCGUGUUUGGCUCUCCGCGUCGGAGUUGGCUAAUCUCUUACCGGAGCAGCUUCUUUGCGUUUCAUUGUCGAGCAGCUUCAUUGACUCUGAAGUCUGCUCCUUUCAGUCAAGUAAAUGAUCUCUCGGUUCUCGAUUGUCGGAUUUGUUGAGGCGAUUCUCGGGAGUCAUUGUUCGUCUCGGGUCAACAAAUUGUUAAAGCUCGCGUCCGAGUGUCGUUGUGGUUCGUUUGUUCUCUGCGGCAGUGGGCUUGACUUUAUUUGCAGGUGGAUGAGGCUUCAUGACAGGGUGUGGCGAAGGCAUCAACUCGCUUUUUUUGCUUGGUUCGUGGCGGCAAUGGAGGUGGACGUCUCUUGGUAAGAGUUUUUCAUUUUUACGCUCGUCUAGCACUUCAUCGACAGUGACGGUUAUAAGGACGAAGAGUUCAUCGGGAACCAGCUACUCCGGAGACGACACGGGAGUUCCCGGCAUCCGAAGCAACGAGGAGAACCUCACGGUCCCAUGGUCAUCGUUGAUGAUUGAGAACGGCAACCAAUUCCUAAGGAUUUUAAAGACGGUCUGGAGGAAUGUGUCGGGUCUAGUGGGUGGGCGAAGCUAGGUUGUAAUACAUUGAUUUAGGAACUUUUGUUCAAAUCGAUUUUGUAACCGGAUCUGAAUUUGCCGUUUAAUGGGUUGAAUAAUAUUAGUUUCACUAAAAAAAAAAAAAAACUUGUCAGUAUGUAUCUGUACGUGUAUGUGGACCCAUAUCUCUUAAUGGCAUCUGCUAAAGCUGUAAAGCUUUUGCUGCUUAAGAAAAUUAAUAUUAUGAGGAUGGAGAAGCAACAGAGGAACCUUAUCUCUUUAAUUAUAAUUAUUUUUUGAAUCUCUUGAUUCUUCAAUUCUAUUUUAUUACAACUGGUGUAUAGUUAUUUCGCAUUAAUUUUUAGGGUUUUCGCAUUAAAUGAAAAGAAAAGAAUACAUCUCAAGUCUUCUUCCUUUCGAUUUCGUUAUUUUAUUUCCUCUCAUCUCUCUUCACCAUCUUCUAUAUAAAUCGAGAGCGAGGAGUCUUCUAGUAUUCAUAAUAUAUAUACCAAACAAAACAUAUGUAUACACCUCCUCAAUUCCAUCUUUAUUGUUACAUUUGAGAAGAAAACUACCAGAAAUAUAUGGCAUCACAUAUAUAUCUGGUGUGGUUUUCAUAUACACAUGCGUGUAUAUAGGGGAAGGCGUAUGUGACCAAAGUAGUGUGCAGCCAAGGAUGACUUGCCGAUUUAUAAUAUCUUUAUAAAAACUUUGUUAAGAUAUUUUUUUUUUCAAAUUCAUUGGUUUUGAGAAGUUAGGAAUAAUUAGGAUAUACAUUUAUUUCUUUUUUUUUUACAUUUAUUUCGCAUAAAGAAAAUUAACAUGAUCGGCAAGUUGCCCUUGGCUAUACGCUUCUUUGUGUCGCGCAUAGGUGAUCGUGUGGUGGGUAAGAUCACAAGAAGUCAAGCGGAGGAACAAAUUAAGCAGAAUAAAGACAUACUGGGACAAACCUCACGUGGGUUUGAACUGAUCUUCGUUAUACGUGAAAGAACCAAGUAUUUCUAACCAAAACGGAAGAAGAAAAGCUCAAUUCUAUUAUUUAUCUGUGGGGACUGCGCGCGGGUUUGCAUUCUUGUGAGAUAGAUUGUAGGAUGAUUUUACACUUCACAGAUAUACCUAUGUAUCUAUAAUCUAUCCAUUCACCACGUGUUUCUCGGGCUUUUACAUAAAGACAAAUAUGUAUGAUACUGUAUUGUUCAGUGAAAUUAUAUUUUAAA